CCGCUAAGCCACGCCGGGUACUCCACCGCGGCACCACGGUUUGAGGCUCCGUCGACUGAACCACCAUCGCGAAGACCUUCUCUCACCGUCAACUCAUACACGGGCUUCCUUUCACCAGACUCAAGUGAGAACGGAAUUCCUGUCAACGUCUCAUCCGCUCAAUCCUUCCUUGCCCUACGAUUCUCGUGCGCCUCUAAUAUCUGGUACGGUCCGCCCGUCAAUGCGCACGAAACAAGCCCAAUGCUGGCUGAGCCGCGCACCACACACGCCAGGCCUGCCAAUUCUCUCGUCUUCAUCCGAAUUAUUGAAACAGCGUCACUCUCCCUUUUCUCCUUCAAAACCCUGAGUUUGCCCAACUUUCCCAGCGCGGGACAGCACGUCCAAUCCUUGGCUUGA